AUGUCCAUGGACGGAGGUGGCAUUGGCCCGCCCGACAGGGUGUGGGAGAACAAGUACAGUGAACGGAGAACCGAGAGAGUCUACCAAGAUGAAGAUCCUCGAGAGGGGGGCUCUCGAGACAUUUUCCCCAACGGCGUCAGGUUGAUCGAGUAUCUCGAGCGGGAUGACAUCGCAGGUCUGAGCAAUGCGUUCUUGACCGUGUUGAGGCAUUGUCUCGAAGCACCCUCCGAACUCAACGACGCACAUUUGCGAGCUUUCCUCACCACGGCAAAGAGCGAAGACUUGAAAUCACCGACAAAGCGCCCAGAUUCAGCGCCUUGUACCAUUAUGAUUGAUGAUAGGCGCGAUCCCGAGGUGAGACCAUCAACAAUGCGAAGGUGGGAUGGAGGAUAUACGGAGUAUCCUCCCGAGGGUUGUGAUAUCUGGCCAGAGGAACAGAGGGAUCUUUCCCUUUUGGAAUUGGUGGCGCGGCUGAAGGAAAACCGCCAUGAGAAACGAGCUGAGAAACGUACAAUCUACAUUUCCAAUAUCACUGCCUCUUGCAUGGUCGCAAUAGCGGGGACAACUUCGCUCCGUUCUCUUCGUACCAUCAGAGGUUUCUUCUCCCAUCUUCUCCACUUUAGGACGACCUUCCGCAUCUCAUUGGAGGCAACGUUUGCUCUGGAAUUCCACUUACCGUAUCUCGCUCUUCGAAUUGGGAAAAUACCCCCAGACAGUCGAGAACUCGCUGGGUCGCCAUUACGAAACAGCCAACAGCUUCCUCUCCCGUUAUAUUCCCAGACCAAACAAGAUGCAUCGUACUACGAAUCAAAGGUCUCUUUUCUUGCCACAGGAAUAGACGAGUGGCUUUGGACGACGUACUGCUGUGUGGACAACUUUUACGGUGUCGAAACAUAUCGCAGGGAUUGUUUGCGCAAUAGACUGGAUCCUGCCUCAGGCGGUUCUCUCUUGCUCGAUCAACCCGUAUGGAAUCCUCGACAUUAUUUCCUUGUCGUGCUCUCCCAGAGGAUGAGUCAGGUAAACUGGGAAUGGGAAACCCUUGUCACUUAUUUCAUCGAUCGUCUGGAACGAUACGAAAGUUCCUUCAGCAUGUUUGACGAUGAAAAACUGACUAGAACAAGAGAGCUUACCGGUGCAGUUUCGUGUUUGAGGGAGUUUAGAGACACCCUUUCAGGCACCAUCAGGGCCUGGGAUAACUUUGAGUCGAACUACAUACGUCUUUUUGAAGCUCCCAGACUUCCCAAGCUGCACAGUUUGUUUCAAGGGUAUAUCGUGGAGACUCGUGUGUCCGUGUUUCAACUCAAAGAUCUCCACGCCUUGAUGUCCCAGAAGCUCGACAAAUUCAACAGCAUGCGAGACGGCCUCGUCAAUGCUUCUGCACUCAAAGAGAGCUCUGAGGCCACCCGCCAGGGGAACAAUAUCGGCAUCCUGACUAGAAUGACAGUGCUUUACCUCCCACUCUCUCUAGCCACGGCCAUCUUUAGCGUAGCAAUGAUGCCGGCUACUAACUGGCUCUGGCUUGGGUACGGAUUUGCCCUCUGUUUGACGACGGUGGCGACCAUCUACGCGGCUAGGAAUCCUAGCCUUCUAGACAUUGCCUUUGCGGGGGGAUCCACGAGAGACGUGGGGGUAACUGUUGAGGAUCGAAAACUCUCAUUGAAUUGA